UUCUUCAGCAGCCGCCGCAUAACCUGUUUUUUGUAUAUAAAUCUUUUCUCAGACUUCCUCCGCCUCCUGCCGCAGACUUCCUGGUUUUCUGCCGCCGCUUCAUUUCAGACUUGAGAGUAAAAAGAACAAAAAAAAAAAAAAAAAAAAAAAAAAAAAAAAAAAAUGAAGACCAUUCUUUCAUCCGAGUCUAUGGAUAUUCCAGAUGGGGUCAAAAUCAAGGUGCAUGCCAAGAUCAUCGAGGUUGAAGGUCCUCGUGGUAAGCUUGUUCGCAACUUUAAGCACCUUAAUCUCGACUUUCAACUUAUCACUGACGAGGCCACCGGCAAGAAGAAGCUCCGUAUCGAAGCCUGGUUUGGGUCCAGGAAGACAUCCGCCGCUAUUCGUACUGCUCUCAGCCAUGUUGAGAACCUUAUUACAGGUGUCACUAAGGGCUAUCGUUACAAGAUGCGUUUCGUCUAUGCUCACUUUCCCAUCAAUGCUAGCAUCACAAACAACAGCAAGUCUAUUGAGAUUCGUAACUUCCUUGGUGAAAAGAAGGUGAGAAAGGUGGAUAUGCUUGAUGGAGUUUCCAUUACCCGAUCUGAGAAAGUGAAGGAUGAGCUAGUUUUGGAUGGAAAUGAUAUUGAACUUGUGUCACGGUCUUGUGCCCUUAUAAACCAGAAAUGUCAUGUCAAGAACAAGGAUAUACGGAAGUUCCUUGAUGGUAUCUAUGUCAGCGAGAAGGGAACCAUAGUUGGAGGAGAUGAGUGAUCAAUACAAUUGUAGGUUAUAUCUGCUCUUAGUUUCAAGAGUUUGUUUUCUUUCGGAAUUGUUUUUUUUUUUCAUGACUAAUAGCGUAAUUUUCUGAUGUUUCUUAUUGUGGCCACCCUUUAAAAUUUAUUACAGUUUUGUUUUAUGAAUGAAUUUUAGUCGAGGCACAUAAACGGUGCUUGGUUGGUAAUC